UUUCUCUAUUAUAUUGCACCACUCUACAGAGCGAGAUAACCUCGUAGUGCGAUCUGUCAAUAUUCUAGAAAAGAUAUUAACAACUGGGCCAGGCUUUCAGUCGAGUGAAUACAACUCUGUCUAUAUCGACGUAAAGGGGAUAAAUUAAUCUGAAAUGGCAACAGGCGUACGACCCACAGUAACUGCUGCCAAUCCAUUUAAUCCCGAUGAAGCGGCCCAGAAACUGCGGAAAGCUAUGAAAGGAUUGGGAACGGACGAGGCGGCCAUCAUUGAUGUUUUUGUAAGGCACACAACUCAGCAAAGAAUAGAAAUAGAAAGACAUUUUAAAACAUCCUUCGGAAAAGAUUUGCGUAAAGAAUUGAAAUCAGAAUUAAGUGGAAAAUUUGAGGAUGUGGUUUUAGCUCUGUUAGAUCCGCCAAGAGUUUACGAUGCCAAACAAAUCAAACAAGCUAUUAAGGGAAUUGGUACAGAUGAAGCUGCCCUUAUAGAAAUUUUAUGUACCAGAUCAAAUACUGAAAUUAUUGAAAUAAAACAACAUUAUAAAACAUUAUUCAAAUCCGAUUUAGAAAAAGACAUUGCAGCUGAUACUAGUGGUCAUUUUAAACGUUUAUUAGUUGCCCAGUUAACAGCUAACCGUAGUGAUGCACCACCUGAUCCAACUCUAGCACAAAAAGAUGCACAGGAUUUAUAUAAAGCUGGCGAGAAAAAAUUUGGAACUGACGAGUCACAAUUUAAUAGAAUACUUAGUGCCAGAAGUUACGCCCAUUUACGGGAAGUGUUCAACUGUUACCAAAAGAUAUCCAAAAAUACUUUUGAAAAAGCUGUUAAAAGUGAAACCAGUGGGGAUUUAGAAGCCGGAUAUUUAGCCAUCAUAAAUGUAGCUACAAACAUUCCAGCAUUUUUCGCCGAAAGACUGUAUCACAGCAUGAAAGGUGCAGGAACAAAAGAUUCAGAACUUAUUAGACUGGUUGUUUCAAGAUGUGAGGAGGAUAUGGGUUUUAUAAAAGCUGAGUUCCAAAAAAUGUAUGGCAAGACAUUAGGUAGUUUUAUUAAAGGCGAUUGUAGUGGUGAUUAUAAGAAAAUCUUGCUGGCUCUGAUUGGUGAAUCAUGAUUAAAAUUCUCCAGAAGUUUGUGACAUUAUACAUGUCCAAAUUAUUUCCGUAUUAUUGUUCAGGUUAAAUUUGUAAAGACAUAUUAAUUUGGUAAUUGGGGCUGUAAAUAAACUACAACCCGUUUAAAAAUAUCCCUGAUUGGAUUUCAUUUUAAUAUUGAUGAAUAUAUUUAUAGGUAAUAACUAAUGCCAUUUAAGGUAUUUUAAUAUUGAUGACUUUAUGACUCACCUGAUGAUAUCAUCUUUAUAUUGAUGGCGUUAUGUCUCAUUUGGCAAUCUUCAUAUUGUUGGUUUUAUUAAUCAUUUGAUAAUAUUAUACUUUAUCCUGUAUGUAUAUAAUAUAAUAUGCAUUGUUUAGCAAUAUAUGAAAUUUUGUAUAUCUUGUUUUUAGCAAUAUAUACUCUCCAAAAAAGUAGGGGAUAUUGAAAUGCAAAUACUUAUGCAGGAUGCGAUAUGAUAAAUAAUCAUGGACAUUUGACAUGCUUUGAGAGUAUAUUCACAGAUGAAGAACUUAUCGCCCCAACAGAACUACUGAGCUGCACAUGAGACACGCAAUAGCGCCAUACACGUGGGUGGGGUUCAUUGUCAAAUUUGACACUUCAAGGAAGGGUUGAUAAAAACUGCCGCGUGCUUGUUUAUCUAUCCAUGUUUGCUUUCCUAUCGGUUCUUGCACAAGAUUUACUGUUUAGCGUAUCUUUGCUUUAGUGUGUUACGUUUAAUUUGAUCGAAAACACUGCAAGAGGAGUGGGUCAGAUUGCCCCAAAUCGUGAUUGAACGGUUGAUUAGGAGGAUGCCACGACGAAUCGCUGAAUGUCUGAGGAUUGGUGGGGCAAUUACUCAUUAUUAAGACAAAAAUCAAAAACGUCCAUUUUCACUUUUGACGGUGUAUCUCUUUGCGAGCGAAAUGGGGCCGUUAGAUAAGCCGCCCAUAUGAACUGUUUAUGUCCAUGUGUAGGCAAUUGGCUUGUUAUUAACAUACACUGUUUACCUCUAAUAAGCAGCGGCUGCCAGGCAGGAUACGCCCACAUUUUCGAGAGAUGGAUAGAGAACAAGCUAACAAGAAAGUGAUUUUUCCUACAAUCAAGGGCCAUAAUUCAGUAAAUUACAAUUCGAUAUGCGCGAAUAUCGAAAGGAACUGAGAUCUGUGUGUUAUAAACUUACAUUUCAAUUUUCAACAAAAUCGGAUAAAAAUUGUGACCUCUAUAGGGUCCACAAGCUAAAAACGUGAUUUUUCGUACAAACAGGGGCCUAUAUUUGAAGUUUCGUCAAAAUCGGAUAAGAAUUGUGACCUGUAGAGUGUCCACAAACAAUUGUGGACGGACGGACAGGGGCGACGACAAUAUACGUCCGCAUGAAAAUGUGGGCGUAUAAAAACAGCAGUGCAUUUCCGCAGUUGUUUAUUGUUUCUGAAUAUCCUCUACUUUUUUUAAGAGUAUAUUAGAUAUAUAUUGACAUCUGGUUAUAAAUAUGUAUUGUUUAGCAAUGGAUUAGGUAUUAUGUUUCGAUUGUAAAAUGUAUUGUUUAGUAAUAUAUUUGAUAAUAAACAUCUAGUUAUAAUAUAUGUAAUGCAUAGCAAUAUAUAAAAUACUAUACAUCUGGUUAUCGUUUAGCAAUAUAUUACAUAUUAUACAUAUGAUUGUCGUUUAGCAAUAUUAUACGGCAGUUCAGUAUGCUCGGGUUUGGGAUAUUUAAAAUUCCUUAUCAACGGCAUAACCGUGACAACGGUUUAAUCAUGUUUAAAGGACAAUAUUGGUGCCAGUCAUUAUCACAUAUGUGAUAGACCUAAUUAAACACGUUCCAAAUAUAAUUUUAUCACAGAGAUAAUCAGUUUGAUUGCUUGAUACUUUUGAAAAAAAUAAAUCUGCUAUUAAUUAA